GCGAGCGCGCGUUCCGAAACUACUAUCGCGCUCUUUCUGCUCGCGAUUGCGUCAAGCCUCCUAUUGACGUCAGCGUCGCGACCGCCGCGGGCUGUGGCCGGGAUCCUCUCUGGCGGCGGUCGCUUGGCCUCGCGGGGCGCAGCUUCGUGGAUGCGCGCGGCCUCCGGCAGCUCCUCCGCUCGCGCUCUCGCGGACGGCGCGGUCGCGCACGGCGAGCUGCUGCCGGCGGAGCUGGUGGCGCGCGUUCCACACCGGGAGAAGCUGGUGCUCUCCUUCGUGCUCGCCUUCCUCGAGGCCAACGCAUUGCCCGCGCAGCUCCUCGUCAACGGCGGCUAUGUGCGCGAUCUGCUGCUCGGAAGCGUCCCCGACGACCUCGACCUGUCGCUCUGCCUACGGGAGUGCGACCCGGCGGUGAGCGUUGCGACGGUGAUGCACGGGCUGCCGGGCUUCGCCCUCGAGCGCCCCGAGCUCAACGUCUCCUCCGUCACCAUCACCACAAUCCUGUCGGACGCGUCAAAGGACAAGAAUGUGGACACCGCCAAGGCGCACCUGGUGGUGGGGAGCCCUCCGGAGCGGAUCGAGGUCGACUUCAUGCCCACGAUCGGCGAGGAGACGUACGACGAGUUCAACCGCGUGCCGGAGCGGGACGUGCGCGGCACGCCCGAGCAAGACGCCCUCCGGCGCGACCUGACCAUCGGCGCGAUGCUGCUGCACGUCUUCCAGCCGCGAGGCAGCGGACCCUCGGGCGGCGGCGGCGCGGCGGCGCCGGAGGCGGCGGCCGAGGCGCUGCAGUGGCGGCUGCUCGACUUUUACGGCGGCCUCGCCGACCUCCAGCGUCGCGUGCUCCGCUCGCCGUACCCGGCCGGAGCAGACGCCUCGCUGGUGCGCGCGUCGGUCCUCCGGUACGCCGAGGAGAGGGAGCUGGCGCGCAAGAUGGGGCUGCUGCCCUCGGACGGCGCCGCAGGCUCGCCGGCGCGGAGCGACUCGCCCGCGCCCGCCGGCGCCGCGGGGGAGGGCGCCGAGGCGUUGCAAGUCGUGUGGUGGAUCAAGGUGCUGCGCGACGACCCGCUGCGCGUGCUGCGCGCGCUGCGCUUCAGCGCCAAGCUGGGCUUCCAGCUGCACUCCUCCUUUUGGCUCGCGGUCCCGUUUGCGCUCUCCUCGCUGCAGAGCAAGGUCGCGGGCUCACGAAAGAAAGACGAGCUCGUCAAGAUCGCGCGCGCGGGCCGCGAGCCGCUCCUGACGUUCCUCGACCUCUCCUUCGGCUUCCCGCUGCCAAACGCGACCUGCGGCGGGGGCGGGCUGCCCUGCCUCGCCCCCGCACUCUUCGGCGGCGCAGACCCGAAGGGCGUCGCCCAGUUCCUCUCCCCCGCCAUCGUCACGCCCCCCGAGGGAGCGAACCCCUCGCCCUCCUCCGCCUCCCCCUCCUCCGCCUCGCCGCCGCCCUUCCUGCACCACUCCGAGCUCCCGCCCUCCUGCGAGCUGCUCCUCCCUUCCCCCGUCGACCCGGCCGGCCUCCCGCCCCUCGGCGCGCCGCCGCCCUUCUCCUCCGCCGCGAUGCGCGCCGCCGCCGCCAAGCUCCCUCAGGCUGUGCCGGAGGAGGAGGCGCUCGGCGCCGCCCUCGCCGCCGCCAUCUACUCGUGCCGCCUCGCUCCGCCCGCACCGCCACCACCACCCGGUGCGCGCUCCGCGGCCGACGCCCUCGCUGCGGGUGCCGCCGACGCGGCCAUGUGCGAGGUGCUGGCAGCGUGCGACGGGCUCUCGGCGUCGAACGAGAUGCGGCAGAGCGCGCACACGCCUCUCUGGUGCGUCAAGGCGCUGCUCGACACGCCGCCGCAGCUCGGGAUGUUUGAGCUCCUCGCGACCGCCGCGUCACGCGGCGACGGCGGGCAGCGGAGGGUGGGCGGGCGCGAGUUUGGGGAGCUGCUGCACAUGUGGCAGUCGCUCAAGCUGGCGAGCCUCUUCGCGCCCGACGGCGCGUGGUGCGGCGUGGGCGGCGCGGCGCGCCGCACGCCGGGCUACCUGCCCGACUUUAUUCUCGAGCUGGCGGGCACGCGCUGCGAGCGGCCGACGCUGCUCCGCUUGCGCGAGCAGCUGCAGCUGCUGCAACGCGACGGGCCGCCAAUCUCCGGGGAGGCGCUGGGGGCGCUGCCGUCGCUGCCGCCGCAUUUGCGCGGCACGAUGAUCGCGUGCUUGCACGUGCUCUGCCGCAUCGAGGGCGCGAUUGCGCCGCUCAGUGACAAGGCGAGCCUGCGCUCCUUCCUCGAGGAGCACGCGCUGCUGGACGCGCUCGAUGCGGAGUGGUACGUCGACGCCGGCGAGGGAAAGGAGAAGGGGUGCAAGGGGCGCGAGCUGCGACCGCAGUACGAGCAGGCCGUCAACCGGCCGAAGCCAAAAAAGAAGGGGAAGAAGGCGGAGUGAGCCAGCGGGGUGCGCUAGGCCCGCGAGGGGCGAGGCGCAGCGGGCGGGUCGUGGUCUGGCGGCGGGCGUCUGACUCUCUCACGUCUCAGUCUGUGGGUGGUGGUUGUCUUCCUAGCAUACGCUGCUCUGGCAGUGGUCUCGUCGUACCAAAGGACCUAGAGCCGUGUACACGCUGG